AAUGUGUCCGUCUCUAUGGAGUGUUACGUUGUGUCCUGUCUCUAUGGAGUGUUACGUUGUAUCCUGUGUCUCUAUGGAGUGUUACGUUGUGUCCUGUGUCUCUAUGGAGUGUUACGUUGUGUCCUGUGUCUCUAUGGAGUGUUACGUUGUAUCCUGUGUCUCUAUGGAGUGUUACGUUGUAUUCUGUGUCUCUAUGGAGUGUUACGUUGUGUCCUGUGUCUCUAUGGAGUGUUACGUUGUGUCCUGUGUCUCUAUGGAGUGUUACGUUGUGUCCUGUGUCUCUAUGGAGUGUUACGUUGUGUCCUGUGUGUCUCUAUGGAGUGUUACGUUGUGUCCUGUGUCUCUAUGGAGUGUUACGUUGUGUCCUGUGUGUCUCUAUGGAGUGUUACGUUGUGUCCUGUGUCUCUAUGGAGUGUUACGUUGUAUUCUGUGUCUCUAUGGAGUGUUACGUUGUGUCCUGUGUCUCUCUAUGGAGUGUUACGUUGUGUCCUGUGUCUCUAUGGAGUGUUACGUUGUGUCCUGUGUCUCUAUGGAGUGUUACGUUGUGUCCUGUGUCUCUAUGGAGUGUUACGUUGUAUCCUGUGUCUCUAUGGAGUGUUACGUUGUAUCCUGUGUCUCUAUGGAGUGUUACGUUGUGUCCUGUGUCUCUAUGGAGUGUUACGUUGUGUCCUGUGUCUCUAUGGAGUGUUACGUUGUGUCCUGUGUGUCUCUAUGGAGUGUUACGUUGUGUCCUGUGUGUCUCUAUGGAGUGUUACGUUGUGUCCUGUGUGUCUCUAUGGAGUGUUACGUUGUGUUCUGUGUCUCUAUGGAGUGUUACGUUGUGUCCUGUGUCUCUAUGGAGUGUUACGUUGUGUCCUGUGUCUCUAUGGAGUGUUACGUUGUGUCCUGUGUGUCUCUAUGGAGUGUUACGUUGUGUCCUGUGUGUCUCUAUGGAGUGUUACGUUGUGUUCUGUGUGUCUCUAUGGAGUGUUACGUUGUGUUCUGUGUCUCUAUGGAGUGUUACGUUGUGUCCUGUGUCUCUAUGGAGUGUUACGUUGUGUCCUGUGUCUCUAUGGAGUGUUACGUUGUGUCCUGUGUGUCUCUAUGGAGUGUUACGUUGUGUCCUGUGUGUCUCUAUGGAGUGUUACGUUGUGUCCUGUGUGUCUCUAUGGAGUGUUACGUUGUAUUCUGUGUCUCUAUGGAGUGUUACGUUGUGUCCUGUGUCUCUCUAUGGAGUGUUACGUUGUGUCCUGUGUCUCUAUGGAGUGUUACGUUGUAUUCUGUGUCUCUAUGGAGUGUUACGUUGUGUCCUGUGUCUCUAUGGAGUGUUACGUUGUAUUCUGUGUCUCUAUGGAGUGUUACGUUGUGUCCUGUGUCUCUCUAUGGAGUGUUACGUUGUGUCCUGUGUCUCUAUGGAGUGUUACGUUGUGUCCUGUGUCUCUAUGGAGUGUUACGUUGUGUCCUGUGUCUCUAAGGAGUGUUACGUUG